UUGCGCAUGUAUGUAGCUCUCGUGUUCCAUUUUGCAUAUUUUUGGAAUUGAAAUCGAAGUGUAAGUGCGUCGAGUCAAGCCUUGUGUUCCUCCGCCUUCCUGUUGCGAAUUCACUCCAAAAAUCUCCUUAUUCUGUGAAUUUUGUGUCUAUUUUUUGUGAACUUUGGUGUAAUGCCGAGACGUUGUGCUUUCGGUUGUGCGCUCCGUGGACAACUACAGAGUCAAGUAAUCUUAGGACAAGCUUCAUCCACACAACAUUUACUGCCUACAAUAAUACAGCAAGACUGUUCAGAGCCAUAUGUGAGCAACUUUAUUUUAGAAAAAGCAUCAACUUCAACAACAUUCCAACCUGUGGCUGCAGAUGCAUCUCAACAAUUUACUUCAGCAAGAUGCUUGAUGCUGGUACAUAAUUAUAGUUUUAUUAGCAAGCCUAAAGGAACAGCUGGAAAAGAUCUAAUGGCACAGUGCACAAAGAUCAAGCAUCUUCAAGCAGAAAUAUCGCGCUUGCGAAAAAAAGGACAAUCUUUCAAAGCAAUGUUAAAAGGUGGUGCAGAUCGAUCAAUCGAAUUUUGUCCGGAAAAUUAACAUAUGUCGGUGAAGACGAAACAAAAACAG